AUGGAUAGCGCGAGCGACAAUGAAAGCGAUACUGAGCUGUUUGAGGCGUACUUUUUAACACAAUCUAGGAAAGAAGGGUUGCAACGACUAGAAUCAGCAGGGAAAACGCCUAGACGAGUCAAAGUCUAUCUAUUAAAUGGAGAAGACUGGCUAGAUAACGGGACCGGGUUCUGUGUUGGAGAGAUUGAAGACAAGACAAGGGACGCGUAUUUUCUUGUAAGAAAAGAAACGGAGGCAAACGAGGUGAUCUUGAGGUCUAAACUAGAAGGAUCGAUCCAGUUUCAGCGACAACAAGAAACCUUGAUAGUUUGGACAGAUUCAACGGGAUGCGACUUGGCGCUUUCUUUCCAGGAAACUGAAGGGUGUGCCGACUUGUGUGAUUUCAUAAUCAAAGUGCAGCAAGGAAACUAUAGCCCCAACAUUUCCUUGUAUUACGUUAUUUCAAAUAUCGAUGACGGUGAAGACAUAACUGAGCUCGUGACAGGGCCAAUACGAUAUCCUCCGCGCAAACCAAAAAUCGACAAUUUGAAUUUGGUGCUAGAAAGCUUGAACCAGGGUGUCAACUCGCAAUUUACGCGUACUAAUCUUCUGGAGUACAUGAUCGAUAUUGGCUAUUUUGACAAACUAGCUAAGGUGUUUUUGGAAGCUGAAGCUACAAACAAUAUCGAGAGCUUACAUGAUUUGAGUGAUAUAAUAAAGCUUAUGUUUGCUUAUAGCGAGCCUUCCCUAAUUGAAGAUAUCCUUUCUUCUGAAGAUAAGAUACAAAAGCUUGCCGCAAUACUAGAGUAUGAUUCUGAGUAUCCAGAUACUAAGGCAGAUCAUCGUACUUUACUUCAGGAUAAGUCCUUUAGAACGGUAAUACCAGUUGAAGAGCUCUCGGUGUUUAGACUAGACUAUUACUUGAACGUGUUAAAAGAUGUGGUUUUAACGAGGUUUCUUGACGAUCAAUCUUUCAAUUUGCUAACAUCUAUGAUAUACAACAAUCAGGUAAAAAUAUUUCACUAUCUUGAAGAUGCUAGAAUACUACAUAAGUUAUUUGAAGUUUAUGAUGAUCCGGAUGGCAACUUGGAAGUGAAAAGAGACGGAGUAAAGAUGAUACAUCAAUAUACUUUGAUUGCAAAGUCUUUACAAAAGCAGGAUUUCUUUGUACUGCUAGUAAAGGCUGGCUUGUACACAAUGCUUAGUUUUGCAUUGGAGGAUGAAGAGGACAAGGUGAGAAUUCUUGGGACAGAGUUGAUUGUUAGUAUUAUCGAGCAAGAUGUGUCACUACUGAGUAGUAGUAGUAGUAGUAGUACUACUACUACUAGUAACGAUAGUUGUCUUAGCCUGCUGCCCUACAACGAAGAGCCAAUUGACGAAAUUGCAUUGCCGAGAAAAUCCUUUACAAGUGAUGAAAUUAAUGAUAAUGAUAAUGAUGAUAACAAUAAUAACAAUAAUAACAAUAAUAAUGAUGAUAAUGAUGAUGAUGAUGAUGAUGAUGAUGAUGAUGAUGAUGAUGAUGAUGAUGAUGAUGAUAAUGGCAAAACAAAAAAUGGCAAAAAAUUAAAAGGUGUCUUACUAACCUUUUCGAACAAUAUGAGCUUAAUUUUCAAACUCAGUAAGCUAUUGGUCAACGAUAGAAACACGGGAUUGAAAUAUCAAGCGUUUGAGGCGCUCAAGAUUUUACUAGACCCAAACAUAGUAUCAAGCGGCGGAUUAAAAAGUGAUACGCUGGAGAAAAAAUCCCAAACAGCUGUUGAAUCUCACUUGUCUACCAAAGCAAAUGGCGAUUUCAGGGAAAUCGAUAAACAUAACUACCUUCAAGCUUUUUAUAGCAAGGUUGCUCCGGAGUUGUUUGUGGACAUUAUUACAAUUGCUAAAUCGACAAGCGAGUCUAAGUCUAAGCCUAAGUCUAAGCCUAAGCCCAAGUUUAAAUCUGAGUCUGAGUCUGAGUCUGAGUCUGAGUCUGAGUCUGCGUCUGAGACUCAGAAAGUGUCAAAUGAAAAGUUAGUUUUAUAUCAACUUUUAUGUGAGAUGGUCAAUUUUUGUAUAAAAGAACAUGAGUUUGCACAUGUCGGUCCUUUCCUUAUAAAUAAUCAAAUUUUAAAGGGGCUUUCAAAGCUUUUGGACUCUGAUUUUAAAACAGUUUUGAAAUUGCAUGUGGUGAGAUGCUUCAAGAAUAUCAUUUUACUCAACGAUGAUAUUUUUACCCAAUACAUUAUAGAUAAUGGUCUUUUCGACCAUAUCAUAGACUUUUUCAGCACAGUUGUUGACAAGAACAAUUUGUCAAAUUCGGCGUGUUUAGAUAUAUUGGAGAUCAUCAAGAAGUAUUGCGAUGCUACUAAUUUCGAAAAAUGCGAUAAUUUUCAGCGUAUGGCAAGGUAUUUAAUCAAGCAUCACGAAAAGUUUCUUUUAUCCGAGGCUAAUCAUAUAAACACAGUAGCAGAGUUGGUGGAGUUGGUAGAAAACGAUUUCAAUGACUCAAAACACACUAGCGUUGUUGUUAAUUGCGAGAGUGAGAGCGAGAGUGAGAGCGAGGGUGAGAGUGGGAGCGAGAGUGAGAGUGAGAAGGAGGGCGAGAGUGAGGUGCUUAAUGGGUCAAAUGCAUCUUCCAAGCACUCAUUUGAAGAAAGCGAGGAAAAAAUAGAUUUAAUCAAGACAGAUAAGGUGAGCAUGUCUAAUGAAGAGCUUUUGCAAAAUAACGCAUCUACACCGAUUAAUGAGUAUGAAGAGGCUUUGGCAGAAGACGGGGUAAUUAUCUAUGCAAGGAAGCAGAGUCUAAUAACCAAAGAAAAACAAAAGUCGUUUUCGUCGUCGUCGUCGUCGUCGUCUCCUCUGACCAGCGGUGAAAAUAAAGACUACCUGUUUGGGUUUGGAGAGAAACGAUUGCGCGAUUCUGUUGACGAAACAGAAAGCAUUGAGAGGUCUGAAACUAUUCGUAGCAGAAAAGUUGCCAAGCAGAACCCGACAAGUACAAAUGGAUCAUCUUUUGUUGGUGCAGUGGAGGAUAUCGAUGACGAUAGUUCAAAUAGCAGCUCUAUUGUGAGCGUGCUUUCCCAGGAUAUCGACACUUCUGCCAACUCGAAUACAAGCGACUCAAAGUUUGAGGCUUCAAAAGUCAUGCUAGUAGGUGGUGGUGGAGGCGAGAGUUGUAGAGGAGAAUAA